ACGUGUUUUCUAAGUCUCGUUUCAUUGGGCCGACUACAACAUAUCGCUUUCCGAAGCAUUCUUUAAUCUUUUGUUUUCGAUUUCAAAAUUCAGAUUUGCUUGUGUAACCUUUGCCAUUCCAGUGAAAAGGCGUCUUUUACCACAAGAAUGAAUUUCUCAAAUAAGACAGACAAAGAAAUUGCUGAACUACUAGACCAGUACAUGAUUAAGCAUGGACCAAUUGUCGACUCAACUAGAAAGUUGUAUGAGAAAAAACUUCACGAGGCCUUGGGAAGUGAUGAGGGAAAAAAAUCCUCACCACUGAAAACCAUCUAUCAAGAAGAAGAGGAGGAAAUUAUUCUUACACGUUCAGCUCUUCGACCUUCUCCUAAAAGUGAAUCGUAUACUGACUGGGAGGCUCGCACUACGGAAAUGGACCAUCAUAGUGCAUACAACAGAAAGCAGUACUCUACAGAGCCUACAGGACAUUCCUUUAAAUAUCAAGAGGUUCUGCGUGAUUAUAAAGAUGAGUCACAGCCUAUUCGGAGCAGUUCUGCAACCUUUCGUAACGUAUCACAUUCAAAACCAUCUCACAUGACUCCCCCUGCUAAACCUACAACAAUAAAGGAUUCCCAGGAUAAGCGUUACAUUCCUAUCUGGCUGCAGUUUAUGGUGUUUAUUCUGUUUGCAGGAUUUCUUUACUAUGUUUUUACUAAUAUGGAAGUUACCCCCAAAAAUCCCUUUGAGCAUAUAAAUUGAGGGAAAGUUUGUUAUUCUAUGUGUAUGUUUUAGCCCCUAAUACAAAUUUAUGGUGAACUUCCAUGCACUGUCAACUGCAGUUAUAUUUGAAAUUGGCAUAUUUUUGAAAAGUUUGGAAUAAUCCUGCUGGUUGAGUAAAGUAGACCAAAGAUUUUUUGUACAUACUACAUUUAUGUACAGGCCUAUGUAAACAUUUUACAGUAUUAGUAAAUCUGUUCUGGCUAAAUGGAUUGCUUGUUUGUAUUCAUAUUUUAUUUUAGAAAGUAACACAUGAAAACAGCAUUUAAGAAAGGUACACUGCAAAAAAGAAAAAUACUCAAGAAGAGUGAUCGGAUUAUUAAUGUGGAAUUCAUUAUUUACAACUGAUUACCUGAAUGUUAUGUAUAAAGUAAAUAUAUAUGUAAUAUGCAUACUGGUGCAGAUGCAUCCCAAACUUGAAAAAUUAGUAGCAAAAGUAUUUUGGCAGGUUUUCAAUGGUCAAUUUUUAAAUUUGUAAUAGACCAGAAUUGUAAAAUAUAUGUGGAGUGUACCGGUACUUUGUAUAAAGCCAUUUUAUUUUUUUACUCCUAACCCUUUUUGGGUUAUUUAAACACUUGUGGUAAAAUGUAACCAAAUUUAUCAAGGAAAUAUAAAUAGCAUGAAUAAAUAAUUAUGUAUAGGCAGUAUAGUACUGGAUGCUUACUUGUAUACCUGCAGCAUAAAAAGAGUAAAUUUACAUAAAUUUUAGUAGAAAAUUGUGAGGUGAAAAAAAUAUUUUGCCAUUGGUCUUUUUUAACACUGAUGCAGGUUUCAUCUACUACUCAUUUUACUAAAAGCUCAGUCCUAAGGACCCCCUGAGGCUGCAGGUUUCUGUCCCUUAGUUUCACAGUCAGUCAAUUUACCUCUGGUUGAGUUAAUUUAAGUAGCUGGUCUCUCCUUCUCUUCUCUUGGUCUGCAUUCAAAAAACCACAGCAGCAUGAUUGUUUCAUUUAUGACAAUUUUUAUGAUUAAGUAGAGAGAUUUCUUUUUUUAUGUAACUUUAAAUGCUUGACUGUCUUUUGUAUUCCUAUUAAUAUGUCUUUUUCCUGUGUAGUUUGCUCCCUUAAUUGUAUACUAAUAAUAACAAUAACAAACAGGGCAGACAUCUGGGUAAACAAUACUUAAUGCUGAAAGGCUGCAACAACUUCAGCAUUAGACCCAUCACUGUGCUAAUUAGUAGUUGAUGGAUUAAAUACCCAGAAUAUCUGGAAAAACAAUAACUUUUGCAGGGAUGAAGAUUAAAAUCUUCAUCUGCUAUACAUAAAUACUUUGUAAAAAUUUAGCCAGCUCAUGUUUUAAAUUUUACAUUGACCUUGAAUCAGUUUCCUUAAUUAGGCUAAGAGCUCAAUUGAAAACAGAAGUUGGUGGGGAUAAAAUCCUGCAGCCACAUGGGAUCCAUGGGCCUGCGUUUGGACACAUCUGGUCUAAACCAAAGUCCUGAUCAUAGCUCAAACAAAUAUAAAAGAGUUUCAUCAAAUGAAAACUGGACAGGUUUUUUUUUUUGUUUAUACCAGUAUAUUUUUGUAUUUUGUGCAAUAUUCAUUUAUAUCCUUUUCAUUCUGUUUUGAAAUUAGGAGGGAAUUAAAUUAAUCUGGCAUCUAAAAAUUACCAUGGUGUUUGCAAAUAUUUUUGUAAUGAUUCAAGUGAGCGAAGAGUGUCUUUUUUUUAAACUCUUGCAUUUCAGGACAUUGGCUUUUUUGCAUAUACUUUGGAUAUUUUCCAAUUCUUACAUUUUUCAAUGUAUUUAAAAUUAAAUGUAUAUUUUUCAGCUUGUAAUAUUUCUGAAUAAAGCAGGAUUAAGGGUAAAAUAAAUUUAGACACUAAAUUGGCUGCUUAGAGUAAGUUACAGCAUGAAAACUUUUACAUCUGUAUCGUUUUAUCUAUUUGGGUGUAUAUGAGAAUUGUAUUUUUAUUUUAAUGUUCAUUUCAGUUUACAUGUAUUAAACUGAUCUUUGUAAAAUUUU